UGUUACGAAUCUCCGUCUGUCUGUGUGUCGUACGAUUGUGCGACGGUUAGACGUAAUUUUUUGUAAAUUUGAUCGCUUCUUUUGUAUUGUACAAGGUCUGACACACAUCAGAGAAGCAAUUUACUAGUUUCUGAUAUGCCUAGAAGAGAGGAGUCAGAUCAAAGAAAGAGGAGAAAGUCUGAGAGUAGCUCCAGCGGCAGUUCAUCAUCAGAUUCCUCAGAAUCAGAUAGCGAUUCAAGCUCAUCCUCAAGCAGCUCUGCAGGAGACACAAAAAAGAACAAAAAUAAGCCAAAGCAGUCGGGAUCUGGGGAUGAUAGAAGUAGACAGUCCUCACGUUUAGAUGACAGUGGAGUUAAGUCCUCAUCUUCAAAAAGAAGACAAGAUUCCAGCUCAGAUGAUGAGUCUAAGAAAAAGGGAAGAAGUUCAGAUAAUGAAAGAUCCAGGUCUCAGUCAAGCUCUCGUAUAAAACGGCAAUCCAGAUCUCCAAGUAUAAAACAGAUAUCAUCUCCUGCAGGAUCAAGGGCAAGCUCCAGGAGUGAACACAACACAUCUCGGCAUUCUUCAUCCAGACGAUCCACAUCUCGCUCAUCAUCUCAGCGUGGAAAAGAGAGACAACCUUCUUCCAGUCCACGCCGUCCUGAUGAAAGGCCUUCUUCAAGAAGCUCUCAGAAGGAAAGAAAAAAACCUGAGAAGCAUGUUGCUAGAUCUCCUUCAUCUAGUCCUCCACGGCAGCUGAAUGAGAAGGAAGAAAAACAAGCAAGAUCACCAUCAUCAAGUCCUCCCAAUAAUCCUGAGGAGAGAGACAGACAGGAGAGAUCACCAGAUACCAGCCAACCCUCAAGGAGCGAGGAAAUAAGGCCAAUAGAUGCAUCUCCUGAAGGAAGGCCUCCAUCUGAGGGAGAUUCCAGGUCACCGAGCCACACCCCACCCAGAGGGGACAGAUAUGAUAUGUCAAAGUACCAAGAAGAGAGUGGGGGGUCUGAAUCAGAUGUGGACAGGAAGAGUCGGAAAAAAAAACAUGACAUGAGAAACUUUGAGAGUGAGCCAGAGAGUGGGGAAUGCACCGACUCUGACAAUGAAAAGAAACUGAAAAGUGCUGUCAAGAGGAAAAUGGAGGAAGAAGACAGAUAUCGACGGCGUGGAGGAAGACGUGGAUCUCCAGACGAGAGAGACGACCGACGUCGUAGAUACAGUCCAGACAGAAAUAGGCGAAAUGAGCGCUACAGGGAUGAUAGGCGAGAUGGCAGGCGAUCACCUGAUAGACGAAGGGACGACAGAAGGAGGAAGUCAUUGGAUAGAGAGAGAGAAGAGCGACGGAGGUCCCCCGCCCAGGAUAGGCGCAAACAGAGGGACAGCAGGCAGAUUGACAAAGAUGCUGGGGGUGAUACAGGGGAAGGAGACAAAAAAGAAAGAGCACCAAAGAAAACAAAAGAGGAGGAGGUAUUGGCCCUGACCACUCGCACAGGAGGGGCAUACAUCCCCCCUGCCAGACUGAGGGCCAUGCAGGCCAGCAUCACUGAUAAGUCCAGUGAGGCCUAUCAGAGAAUUGCCUGGGAAGCCCUGAAGAAAAGUAUUAAUGGGCUGAUCAACAAAGUCAAUGUGUCCAAUCUCCAGUUUGUGGUCCAGGAACUGUUUCAGGAAAACAUUGUCAGGGGAAGAGGGUUGGUGGCGCGCUCAGUCAUUCAGGCCCAGACAGCCUCGCCCACCUUUACACACGUGUACGCCGCCCUGGUGGCUGUGGUUAACACAAAGUUUCCACAAAUUGGGGAGUUGAUCCUGCGACGUUUAGUUAUUCAGUUCCGUCGUGGAUUCAAGAGAAAUGAUAAGACGCUCUGUCUCUCCUCCACUCAGUUUAUUGCCCAUCUUGUGAACCAACAAGUUGCCCAUGAGGUUUUGGCAUUGGAGAUUCUGACCCUGUUACUGGAGACCCCGACAGAUGACUCAGUAGAGGUAGCGGUGGGCUUUUUGAAGGAGUCUGGGCAGAAACUGACCGAGGUUACACCCCGGGGAGUCACAGCUAUUUUUGAGAGACUGAGAAAUGUCUUGCAUGAAGGAAAGAUUGACAUCAGGGUGCAGUAUAUGGUGGAGGUCAUGUUCGCCAUUCGUAAGGACGGCUUCAAGGACCAUCAGUCGGUCAUUGAGGAAUUGGACCUUAUUACUGAAGAGGACCAGUUUACACACCUCCUGACAUUAGAGGAUGAGGGCACAACAGAUGAUAUCCUCAAUGUGUUCAAGGUUGAUCCUGAGUAUCAGGCCAAUGAGGAAAAGUACAAGGAACUGAAAAGAGAGAUCCUUGAUGAAGGAAGUUCUGAUGAGGAGUCAGGAAGUGGGUCAGGAUCUGAAAGUGAUAGUGAAAGUGAAGAGGGAGAAGGUGAAGAGGGAGAAAAGCAGACCAUCAUUGAUCAGACGGAGACGAACCUGAUCGCUCUGAGGAGGACCAUCUACUUAACUAUCCAGAGUGCCCUGGACUUUGAGGAGUGUGCUCACAAACUUCUGAGGUUGGAACUAAAGCCAGGGCAAGAGAUUGAGUUAUGCAACAUGAUUCUGGAUUGUUGUGCACAGCAGAGAACAUAUGAGAAGUUUUUUGGGCUACUUGCACAGAGGUUUUGUAUGAUUGACAAGAAGUACAUAGAGCCAUUCCAGAACAUGUUCAGGGAACAGUACGAAACGAUCCACAGACUGGAGACCAACAAACUCAGGAAUGUCGCCAAGUUCUUCUCUCAUCUACUUCAUACUGACGCCAUCUCAUGGGAGGUUCUGGAGGUCAUUAAACUCAAUGAAGAUGACACAACAUCUGCAAGUAGAAUCUUCAUCAAAGUCUUGUUCCAGGAGUUAUCCGAGUAUCUCGGUCUCCCCAAACUCAACGACAGACUCAAAGAUCCAACCCUCCAGCCAUACUUUGAAGGACUAUUGCCCAGAGACAACCCCAAAAACACCAGAUUCUCCAUCAACUUCUUCACCACCAUUGGUCUCGGUGGACUGACAGAUGAUCUCCGAGAGCAUUUGAAAAAUGUGAAGAAACAGGUAGCUCAACAGCAAGCAGAAGAGUCGGAGAGUUCUUCAUCAUCAUCCUCUGAUGAUUCAUCAUCUUCAUCGUCAUCAGACAGUAGCAGUUCAUCAUCUGAUAGCUCCUCAGAUAGUUCUUCAGAAGAUGAGGCCCCCAGAAGGAAAAAGAAACAGAAAUCCUCCAAUGUGAAUGAAGGUAGAGAUGGAAAAAAAUUAAGAAAAGGGUAUCCUAAUGGAGAUAUACGGGAAAAAGAAAAGAGGAAAGGCAGAAAGGAUAGCCCAGAAAGUUUAAGAUCCAAAAGAAGGGGACGUGAGGAGAGUCCAGAAAAUGCAAAACCUAGGAGAAGGGACAGAGACGACAGUCCAGAAAAUGUCCGACCUCCAAAAAGAAAGGGACGGGAGAAUAGCCCAGAAAAUGUUCCGCCACCUAAAAGAAGGGGGCGCAAGAACAGUGAAGAAAAUGUUAGACAGCAAAGAAGAGGGCAUGAGGACAGUUUUGAAAAUCAAAAAUCAAAAAGGAGAGGUCGCAAUGGAAGUCCUGAAGAACCACAGUCAAAAAGAAGAGUGCCUGACAAAAGUCCUUAUAAUGCCAGAUCCAAAGGGAGAGCAGAUGAAGAAAGUCCAGGGAAUUAUAGGUCAUCACGAAGAGAUGGUAGACAGGAGAGUCCAGAAAUUGAGAGAACACAGCGAGAUGCAUACAGGUCAGAUAGAUACAAUGACAGGUACUCUCAAGAAGACGGUGAAAGAAGAAGAGACAGAGAAGACAGGAAUAGUAGACGUAAAGAUAGAGAAGAUAGUGAAGAUGAAAGAGACACUGAAAAAUACAGUGACAGAAGAGGAGAGAGGAGGAAAGAUAUGUAUGAAGAGGAGAAUUACAACAGAUCAUCCAAAGGAAGAUCAAGAAGAGGAGAGGACCAACGUAAUGGAAGAUAUGCAGAUAACUCUGAUGAAGAUGCUUAUGAAAAACGUCAAAUUAAGGAGGAAGGCAACAGGAGAGAAAGAGAUCAAAGAGAAAAUGGGUACUUAGACAGAAGUAUAGAGAGAGAAAGAGAGAGGAGUAGAAAUAGGCAGAGCAGUAGAGACAGGAGUAAAAAUAAGCAGCGCACUCCUGACAGGAGCAGAGAUCGCAAUACAAGUCCUGCAGUUAGACAAAGUAGAGAGAGGCAGAGAAAGGAAGAUUCAAGAGAUGAUAGGUAUCAACAAGAUAGAGAAUCAGAGAGGAAUAGGAGACAUGAAGAUGAAGAUAGAAGGAAUUACAGCAACAGCCAGGAUAGAUCAAGGAGGGGUUAUGAAGAAGAUGAUAGAGAAGAAAAAAUGCUGCGAAGAGGAGACAGAGAAGUCAGUAGAAAUGGCAGGAGCAGAGAAGAAGACAAAGGAUCAGAAAAGAAGAAGAGAUACGAAGAAGAUAGAAGGAAGAUGAUUCCUAAUGAUGAGGAAGAGAGGAAAAGAAAUCGCAGGGAGGAUGAAGAUGAAAAGAGCAGAAGAAAUAAAGGGAGCAGCAGGCAGAGUGUGGAUUCCUCCAGUGAAGACAGCGACUCCUCAAGUGAUUCCAGCUCCAGCAGUUCUAGUGAUUCCUCAAGUGACAGCUCUUCUUCCUCUUCCUCACCCCCAAGGAAGAGGAAGCAUUCAGACUCUGAGAGUGAGAAUUUAAAAGAUUCUGUCAAAAAGCGAAGAGGAUCGCUUGAUCAUGACAACAGACUCGAAAGUAAGAGAGACCGUCCUCAAAGAGAGGGUAGUGUUCGUAGUAGGGAGAGAGAUCGUAGAAGGUGACAGACUGAACACUAAAGUGCUCUCAGAUUCAUUUCAUAAAGAGUUACCGGAUAAUUGAAUUAUUUUCAAAGUGCUAUCAUAUUCAUCCCCUAAAGAUUUUUCAUUUGAUAUAUGAAUUAUGUGUAUCUUUAUUACACUUGCAUUAGAAUCAUGUGAUGCUGUUAAUUCAUACCUUUAUCUGACCCAAUGGGUUUUUUCUAUACAAAAGGAAUGGUUGAAUUAAAAAAAUUGAAACAAUGA